AUUCUCAGGAACUCUUGUGUCUUGUGCUGAAGAAACACAUUUGUCUUUACAUGUUUAUGUCAUUUUUCCACAUGUUUCAUGUCCUAAUGGAGUUAUUUAAUGUAAACAGACUUCAGUGGGGAUGUGUUUAUCACUGACACCUGAUGUGAUGCAUCUCACUGUUAUUACCAGGAUUUGACGUGUCAUUCAGAGAUGAAGUUCAUUUGUGUGACUUUACUGAUUAUUACUGGAAUUACACAAUCAGAUGAGUACGAGGUGAUUGGACCUUCAGCUCCUGUGAUGACUGUAUCUGGUGAAGAUGUGAUUCUGCCGUGUUCUAUCAAACCCAACAUCAGUGCUGUGAACAUGAGAGUCCAGUGGAUCAGACUUGAUCUGAAAGACUCAAUAGUUCAUCUGUAUGAAGAUCAUAAAGACAUAAACACAAAUCAGCUUCAGUCGUACAGAGGAAGAACUCAAGUGUUUAAAGAAGAACUAGAGAAAGGAAACACAUCACUCAAACUCUCAAGAGUCCAAAUCUCUGAUGAAGGACUUUACAAGUGUUUCAUUCAGUCUGAAUCCUGGAGUGAUGACAUCACUGUUGAUCUCAGAGUUGAAGCUGAGCAAAAUAACAUUGAUGGAGAUGAAAUAUUUCACUCUUUGAAGUCUUCAGUGAUCACAGUUGCUAUUGUGCUCAGUUUGAUCGCUGCAAUGUUGAUCGUUGGAGUCGUCUAUAAAAAGAGAGGACUACAGAUGGAGCACCAGAGAAUAAAUGAGGAGCGUGAGACACUUUUGCUGAGAGAGGAGAGGACUGAAAGUGUGACUUCACUGUUAAGAAAACAUUCAGUGAAUGUGACUCUGGAUGCUGAUUCAGCUCAUCCUCGUCUCAUUGUGUCUCAUGAUGGGAAACAAGUGAGAUGUGAAAACAAAGAUCAAAGAGAAGAGAAUCAAGAUGAAGAGCAAAAGAACACGUUUGAUAACUAUCUGGGUGUUCUCGGCACUGAAGGAUUCUCUUCAGGAUGUUUUUACUAUGAGGUUCAGGUGGAGGGGAUGAUGGAGUGGUAUGUGGGCGUGGCCAGAGAAUCUGUCAGCAGGAAGGGGCGGGUCAGUCUGAUUCCUCAGAAUGGAUACUGGACUGUGGCUAAAGGCACUUUCAGUUUGUGGGCUUGUGAGGAUUCAUAUGUUCUUCUUUCUCUGAGUGUGAAGCCGGAGAGGAUCGGGGUGUUUGUGGAUUAUGAGAAGGGUCAGGUCUCAUUUUAUGAUGUAAAAUCCAUGUGUCAUAUUUACUCCUUUGCUGAUCAAACUUUUAAGGAGAAAAUAUAUCCUUUUGUUUCUUUGGGUUAUAAAUUGUGUAAAAACUCUUCUCCACUCAUCUUCUGUAGUGAUCUCUCUCCUUUGGGAGAUUCAUACAAUGACACUUGAGAUAUUGUGUUAAAAAGGCAAGUUAUUGACAUUCUGAUCAUUGAUGUAUAGAUGAAAGCACUCAAAGUUGCUUUGAAAAAUGUUUUCCAAAACCAUAAAUGUAUGUUCAUACUACCAGCCAAAAAUUAAAUUUACAUUUACAAUUACAUUAAGUCAUCAGAAGUAUAGAUACCAAUGGAAGCAUGUUGUGGCUAGACAAUCAAAAAUAACCGCAAAUUUAGUUUUGCAUCUUCAAUGGUUUGCCUAAUUAUACAUUAUAACAGUCAGAUUCUUGAUGUCUCGUCCUGAGGUGAACUUUAAACAAUAUUGACGGAGUUCACAUCUAUUCUGAGCUCAAACUUUCUGCUUUUCUUCAUUAAAGUCAUCAUUUUUAUACACAUACAUGUAAAUAUAAAUGAAUCUAUGCACAGGUUCUUAUAUGAGGGAAGAUUUUUCCAAAAAAAGACUUUUGGAUUCAGACUUUACUGUAUAAUUCAUGAAAAUGUGCAUUUGUUGGGAAUUGAAUCCGUAAAAAUAA